GCUUUCAAAAUAGACCAAAAUCCUUAAAAGUGUUUGUUAAUCCAAGCAGCCACAAAAGAGAAGCCACUCGUGUUUAUUAUGAACAAGUUGCACCUCUUUUUAAGCUUGCUGACAUCAAAACUGAUGUCACAGUAACUGAAUAUGAAGGACAUGCUCUCUCAGUACUUAAAGAAUGUAAACUCCAGGCAUUUGAUGGGGUAGUUUGCGUCGGUGGAGAUGGAUCUGUCAGUGAAGUUGCUCAUGGUCUACUACUUAAAGCCCAGAUAGAUGCUGGAAAAGACACCGACUAUAUACCAACACCUGUCAGAGCACCGGUUCCUCUUGGAGUAAUACCAGCAGGUACUACUAAUAUUUUGGCCCACACUCUCUAUGGUAUUAAGCAUACAGUGACUGCAGCCUUGCACAUUGUAAUGGGACAUAUUCAACCAGUAGAUGUCUGUACUUUCAGUACUCCAAGCAAGCUUUUGCGGUUUGGGUUCUCAGCUAUGUUUGGUUUUGGUGCAAGGACUCUAGCUUUGGCUGAAAAACACCGUUGGAUGCCCUCCAAUCAGCGGAAGGAUUUUGCUUUUAUCAAAACACUGGCAGAUCUCAAGCCAGAGGAAUGUGAAUUAUCAUUUCUACCUCUACACAUUCCACAGGAAGACUCUCAUGAGAAUGACAGAAAGAAGAAAAUUAAAAAAAAAGGUAGCAAGGAUCAAUGGCACAAAAUUCAGGGUCACUUCCUGAAUGUGAGCAUUAUGGCAAUCCCUUGUCUGUGUUCAAUGGCACCAAGAGGCUUGGCACCUGAUACGAGGUUGAACAAUGGAAGCAUGGCUCUCAUUGUUGUACAAAAUACUUCUCGAACAGAGUUUAUAAAACAUCUGAAAAGAUAUGCCAGCGUAAAAAAUCAGUUCAAUUUUCCCUUUGUUGAGACCUACACUGUUCAAGAAGUAAAAGUACAACCAAGGCUUAAAAGUGGGCUGGAUGCCAAAGAAAAUACAUAUUUGAAUGCUGCUUCUGCAGAAGGAAAUUACCCUUGGAAUAUAGAUGGAGACUUAAUGCAAGAAGCAUCAGAAGUUCAUGUUCGGGUGCAUCCUCAACUUAUUAAUCUCUACGGAGUGAACACUGAUGACCUGGAGAGUUCCCAAGCAACAUGCAAUUGCAUAUAGAAGGGACGCACCGCAAGUUCUGUAUUAAAGAAUCGUUUUCUCACCUCUAUGCACAGCUUUCCAAGGUCCCAGUCUUUUACUCACUGAAUUCAGCUGGGAUGUUUGUAAUAUUUCUGGUUUUAAAUUUUUAUCAAAAUUUAUAU